UGUUUCAAAAUCGUACAUUUUUUUCUUAUUUGUUUCAAAAUCUAAUCGCACAUAGCAUCUCAUAAUCCUAUAUUUUCGAUUUAUUGUCCCAAUUCUCUCUCUUCUCUGAAAUAUAGGCCUUUUCCCCUUUAUUAGGGUUUCUGAUUUCUCCUACGAUUCUGCAUUAUCUCCCUCCGCCAUUGAUACAGAUUUUCCUCUUCAAUUCCUUCAUUUCAGGAAUUGAUCUGUGUGGUAACGAUUGCAACUUUUUGAUCGAUCGGUGUCAAUAUAAACCUGCAAGCAACAUUUUUUUGGUAUCUCUCGGUUUAGGUUAAGAGAAUUUAGCUUCUGAUUUUGGAUUUUCGGGAUAUUAAACCCUAAGGUUGAGGAUUUCUAUUCCUAUAUACCAUGAGAACCUCGUGGGCUGAUGCUGUUGAUAAUGCAGCUUCUGGCUCUGAUGGUUAUGGGGUUGGUGGAGCUUCAAAUGCUCCCCAAAAACCUGCAUAUGUCCCUCCUCAUCUUCGUAACAGACCACGCACUCCUGAACAAAUGCCGGGCCCACCUACCUCAAACAAUGUCCCACUUCCGAUCAAUGAUAGGUCAGGAUAUAGCGGACAAACAAGUGGCUCACGGUGGGUGGCCCCUAGGGCUGACUAUGGUAGGCCAGGGUACAAUACUGGCGGCCGUGGUGGUGGUGGUGGUGGACGUGGUGGUUGGGGAAACAGAGGUGGUAGUUGGGGUGGUAGAGAAUAUGAAGCCAAUCCAUUUGGUAAUGAUGACGUAGACUCUGCUGAAGAGAUUGCAUCAGAUCAAGAAAGCAGUGGUAUCAACUUUGAUGCUUAUGAAGAUAUUCCUGUUGAAACAAGUGGUGUUAAUGUCCCCCCUCCAGUUAACACUUUUGCUGAAAUAGACUUAGGAGGAGCUUUAAAUCUCAACAUUAGGAGGUGCAAAUAUAUCAAACCUACCCCUGUUCAACGUUACACUAUUCCCAUUUCUCUUGCUGGAAGAGAUCUUAUGGCUUGUGCUCAAACAGGAUCUGGAAAAACAGCUGCUUUUUGCUUUCCUAUAAUUAGUGGAAUUAUGAGGGGUCAAUCUGUACAAAGACCUCACGGUUUUAGAACUGUCUUUCCUCUUGCUCUUAUUCUUUCUCCCACUAGGGAACUCUCUUGUCAGAUACAUUUGGAAGCUCGAAAGUUUGCUUAUCAGACAGGUGUGAAGGUGGUGGUUGUUUAUGGUGGAGCACCUAUUAAUCAACAGUUGAGAGAGCUUGAGAGAGGAGUUGAUAUACUUGUGGCAACACCUGGAAGAUUAGUUGAUUUACUUGAAAGGGCAAAAGUGUCAUUACAAAUGAUAAGGUAUUUAGCUCUUGAUGAAGCAGAUCGUAUGUUGGAUAUGGGAUUUGAGCCUCAAAUAAGAAAAAUAGUGGAACAAACAGACAUGCCUCCACCUGGUGGAAGACAAACAAUGCUUUUCAGUGCCACUUUUCCUAGAGAAAUCCAGAGACUUGCGUCUGAUUUUCUUUCAAAUUAUAUAUUUCUAACUGUGGGGCGUGUCGGGUCAAGUACUGAUUUGAUUGUUCAAAGGGUGGAAUUUGUUCAAGAAACUGAUAAAAGAAGCCACCUUAUGGACCUUCUUCAUGCACAAAUUGAUAAUGGAUCUGGCAAGCAAUCUCUUACACUAGUUUUUGUUGAGACAAAAAAAGGAGCCGAUUCACUUGAAUAUUGGCUAUGUGGCAAUUCGUUUCCCGCUACUACAAUUCAUGGAGACAGAACACAACCGGAAAGGGAGUUGGCAUUGAGGUCAUUUAAGAGUGGGAAGACUCCAAUUCUUGUUGCUACUGACGUGGCAGCACGUGGGUUGGAUAUCCCACAUGUUUCACACGUGGUUAAUUUUGACCUUCCUAAUGACGUUGAUGACUAUGUACACCGGAUAGGGAGGACAGGGCGAGCUGGCAAGACGGGAUUGGCUACGGCUUUUUUUAAUGAGAAUAAUAUGUCGUUAGCUAAACCGCUAGCGGAUCUUAUGCAAGAAGCUAAUCAAGAAGUGCCACAGUGGUUGACUCGGUACGCCAGCCGGGCGGCUUAUGGUGGUGGUAAGGGUAGGCGGUCCGGCGGGCGGUUUGGUGGCCGGGAUUUUAGAAAGGAGAAUUCGUUCAAUAGGGGGGUUGGUGGAGGAAUGGAUUACUAUGGUGGUGGUGGUGGUGGAUAUGGUGGUGGUUAUGGUGGGGCUGGUGCACCUAGUGCAUGGGAUUAGUCUUUUUUUUUUUUUUUUUUUAAUUAAAAAGUAUUGUUAGGGAUUAAGAAUUAUGGUGUGGAAAUUUUGUUCUAGGUGACAUGGUUAUAUAUCAUGGUCUAAUCUCUAUAAUCAAAAGGAGAAUACUAACGAAGAGACAAUGCUUGAAGCGAAGUGAUGUUAUUUAUAUUAACUUGUACCUUAUGCAUUGAAACUCAUCAAAUGUACCAUAAAGAAGACUAUAUCAAACUCAUCAUUUUACGUGCCAAUAAAUCUGAAACAAUCAGAAACAAUGAAAUCAAACCUAAUAUUUUAUUUCUUCA